CCCAUGAAAUUGAAUAAAUAGCCAUGCAUUUCACUUAAUACGUGUGCUAGCCAGUGACAUGGAUAAGUGCUCAAUGAAGCCCCAUGUCCUAUGCAUUCCUCAUCCAGCCCAAGGCCAUAUCAAUCCUAUGCUUAAACUGGCAAAGCUCCUUCACUUCAAAGGCUUCUACGUCACCUUCGUUCACACGGAAUUCAACUACAACCGCCUCGCCAAGUCCGAUGGGCGAUGCUUCCUCCCAGGCUCAACCGACUUCCGGUAUGAAGUGAUCUCCGAUGGACUCCCCCCAACAAACCCUAGAGGCAUACUCGACCUCCCAUCCCUGAGUCUGACCCUGCCGGUUGAGGGACUACGCUCGUUCAGGGAGCUGGUGAAGAGGUUGAUCAUCAGUUCGGAUGACGGUGCGCCGCCGUUAAGUUGCAUAGUUUCCGACGGGGUCAUGAGUUUUACCAUCGAAGUAGCCCGGGAAUCCGGGAUUCCGGAAAUGAUUCUUUUCACUCCGAGUGGUUGUGGGAUGUUAGGGUACCUUCAAUUUGAGAGACUAAUGGAAAACCAUGUAAUUCCACUUAAAGAUGAGAGCUGCUUGAGCAAUGGCUAUCUUGACACUACGAUUGAUUGGGUGGCUCCGAUGGGCAAAAUCCGAUUGUGGGAUCUUCCGACCUUCAUCCGGACCACAAACCCAGAUGACAUAAUGUUAAACUACAACUUGGAGUCGAUUAACAAUACCUCGAAAGCCGACGGUGUCAUCCUCAACACCUUUGACGACCUCGAGCACGAGGUGCUAGAAGCCAUAAGAACCAAAUUCCCAAACCUUUACACAAUCGGCCCACUCCCGAUGCUUCAUCAGGAGCUCUCAUCAUCAAACUUGUCGUCGUUCAAGUCAAACUUGUGGAAGGAAGACACGCGGUGCUUGGACUGGCUCGAGGGGAGAGAGCCCGGGAGCGUCGUGUACGUGAACUUUGGGAGUCUAAUCAUCAUGACAAGUGACCAGUUGAAUGAGUUUGCUUGGGGACUUGCCAAUAGCAAGUACCAUUUCCUAUGGGUCAUUAGGCCCGACCUAGUGGACGGUGGGGAUGAAGCAAUUUCAAAAGCCUACUUGGAUGAGAUAACCGAUAGGGGCUUGCUGGUGGAAUGGUGCCCACAGGAGAGAGUCCUCGCCCACCCGUCAGUCGGGGUGUUCCUGACUCAUUGCGGGUGGAACUCCACGCUGGAGAGCAUCUCCGGGGGCGUGCCGAUUAUCUGCUGGCCAUUUUUCGCCGAGCAGCAGACGAAUUGCCUGUACAGCUGCACCGAGUGGGGGGUCGGCUUGGAGAUAGACAGCGAUGCGAAGAGAGGGAAGGUCGAGGGGAUAGUGCGGGAGAUGAUGGAAGGCGAGACGGGGAAGAGAAUGAAGGAAAGUGCUCUUAGGUGGAGGAUGAGAGGCCUAAGUGCCGUAAGGCAAGGGGGUAGUUCUUAUACUAACUUCGUGAGGUUAGUCGAGUGCCUAAAAGGAGGAGUUUCGAGUGACUGAUCUUAUAUAGAGUUCGAUC